GCACGUCGGCGCCUCGGCGAGGAUGGAAAUCCCCGGGACCCGGAGCUGAGCAACCUAGCGCGUGGCGGGCAGGGCGCGCCGGAGGAAGGCAGCCUUGCUGUUCCUCCGGGAGCCCAACACCGUUCCCGCGCGGCCACGAUGAUCCCUCCGAGCGGCGCCCGGGAGGACGGCGUGGACGGGCUGCCCAAGGAGGCGGCGAGUGCCGAGCAGCCGCCCUCUCCUGCAUCCACCAGCAGCCAGGAAUCCAAGCUCCAGAAACUAAAACGAUCACUUUCUUUCAAGACCAAGAGUUUACGGAGCAAAAGUGCUGACAACUUCUUCCAGCGCACCAACAGUGAUGGCGUGAAGCUGCAAGCAGACAUGCUGGCUGAGGUCAGCCCCAGCUCCAGCCCACUCCCUGUGCCUGGAAGCCUGACGUCCACACCUGCCAGGACUGGACUGCAACCAGGUGGCAAGGCCCAUGCCUUUCAGGAACACAUCUUCAAGAAGCCCACUUUCUGUGAUGUCUGCAACCACAUGAUAGUGGCCUGUGGCAAUAAGGUAGACCCUGUCUACGAGACCCUCCGCUUCGGCACCUCCCUGGCCCAGAGAACAAAGAAGGGCAGCUCCGGCAGUGGCUCUGACUCACCUCACAGAACCUCUACUUCAGAUCUCGUGGAAGUUCCUGAGGAAGCUGAUGGGCCAGGAGGCGAGUGUGACCUGAGGAAACGCAGCAACAGCGUGUUUACGUAUCCAGAAAAUGGCACUGACGAUUUCAGAGACCAAGCAAAGAACAUAAACCACCAGGGACCUCUUUCCAAAGACCCAUUACAGAUGAACACCUACGUUGCCUUGUACAAAUUUGUACCACAGGAGAAUGAAGAUUUGGAAAUGAGGCCAGGAGACAUUAUUACUCUUCUAGAGGAUUCCAAUGAAGACUGGUGGAAAGGAAAAAUUCAAGACAGGAUUGGCUUCUUUCCAGCCAACUUUGUCCAGAGAGUACAAGAAAAUGAGAAGAUUUUUAGAUGUGUUAGAACCUUCAUUGGGUGUAAGGAACAGGGACAGAUAACACUGAAAGAGAAUCAGAUCUGCGUGAGUUCUGAAGAAGAACAAGACGGCUUUAUCAGAGUCCUCAGUGGAAAGAAGAGAGGCCUCAUCCCUCUCGAUGUCCUAGAAAACAUCUGAUUGCUGGCCCCACCUACUUUUGCAGUGGGCAAGCUCUGCUGCGAUGCCAAUGCCGCCUGCCUCAUCUCACACUGUGUAAACCCAGAGGAGCUGCUACACUGACCCGGCCCCCAGAAAAUAAUGGGACAAGAUUCAAGGGUCUGAGACUGUGGAGUAACAGCCACAAAACAGAGGGCCCACCGCACAGCAUCGCCAGGCUGCC